AUGAGUCCCCACUCUAUUCAAGAUGUUACCGCUUCUGGGAGCUCAAAAGAUGGUUCCAAUAUCCUUGAAGUCACCGAAGGCAAUGAAAACGUGCAGAAUUAUGCAAAUCUUUACGAAUAUUACUGCCAAUUUAAUGGUGAACACUGGGACCGUUGCUAUAAUUGCAAGUUGCACUUUUCUUCUGUCGAAGAGGCUAGCGCCCACUUCAAGAAAACUUGUCCACAUCUUUGGUGUACUAGAUGUCAGGUAACCUUCAAGACCUCAGAGGACCGCGAGGCGCAUUUGCAACAUGGGUUUGCGCAUUGGCCUUGCGGUGUCUGCUCUUUCAAUGGACCGAAAGUCGAUGCGCAAGAGGAACACUGGGCACAAACCAACCAUCGAUAUAAGUGCAGAGGUUGCAACUGCUGGUAUGAAAAACGAUAUUGGGAUGAACAUUUGAGGACGAUCCAUGCCUGCAGUAGGUGCCAUGAACACCAAGAGAAUGAAGAAGAGCGAAAGAAGCACGAGAAGGAGCAUAUUAAGGCCGCCGGGCUAUUCCAGUGUAUCGGUCGAUGCUGUCGCGAAUUUAAAAACGUCGGAGAUAUGUUCUCUCAUCUCGAGUCCGGGGUUUGUGAAUCAUCGAUCAACAAUUCCGACGUACUUCAAUGCUUUGCUGUGCACCAGGCGGCUGAAUACCUUCUCUUUAAAGAUAGAAAGGGCAUCCUCAAACGUAUUUUUGAGGGGAAAGAAGUUGGCUCCAACCCAUUCAAUUGCCCGGGCAAGGGGUGCAAGGAGAACUUUGGUUACUUUUCCUCUUUCCUCAGGCACACUGCCGGAAAGAAGUGCAAGUUCCAUUUCAAUGAGUCUGGUCCUGAAAGUAUGUUGACACAUAUGGAGAAAAACUUGUUUGUCGACGUUGCUAUCUCCAAGGUCCAAACAAUGGCCGAGAAUACCACCUCUGGUAUCCAGGUCCACGCGUUCUUUCCAGAAAAUCUGACAGACCGCCCUCGAUAUCCAAUCGUCCCUGAUAUCGAAAACUUGCGUCUAAACUUCACUGGUAUGGCCCGAUCUUAUCAUGCUGUUCUCAAGGAAAUGAUCAUCCAAGAAUCGGAUGACAUCAAAGAGCCGGGCGUGCUCAAAUUUCGUAUCCCGAAGUCUUUCAACAGACAACUCGGGUUCUUUGAGAAGAGUUUCAACAAGGCCAGUGAAGCCUACACGAAGCAAGUCUCUUCAAAACCUAACCCUCGCAGUGACAUCUUUGUCUAUUUCCAAUCGACUAAGAUGGGCCAUCCAGGUUGGAAGUUUUUGGGCGAUGCUGACGAAUUGCUUAAACUGCUCCGCGUUAUGUUUAAGUACGAAAUGCCGAGUUACGAGCAAUACUACUCGAAACAAUCGUGA